CCCCGUGUCGCCGGUGUCACAACGGCCGGGGGGGGCGAUGGCGGCGCUGCCCGCCCUGCUGCUGCUGCUCGUGCCCCUGGCGGCGCUGGCGGCGCUGGCCGCGCUCCUCCUGCUGCCCAGCUACGACAUCCCGCCCGGCGUUAACCAGCCCGGCAAGCUGCGCCUGGUGCUCGCCGUCCUGCUGGGCACCGCCGCGCUGGGAAGAAUUUUGGAGAAGACUGGACUUUGCAGUCAGAUCACUUUUGGCCGAUACGUGCGACAGGGACGGAAACUAGGGCUGGACCCAAAGCUCUUUAUCCAGGACCUGCAGUUUAACAAAGUACCUGUGAGGGUUUAUCAGCCUAAAGCUAAUUCUGACGGGCGAAGGAGAGGUAUCAUCUUCUUUCACGGAGGAGGCUGGGUAUUCGGAAGUCUUGAUACAUAUGAAAAAGUCUGCCGCUACCUAUCCAGAGAAAGUGAAUCGGUAGUUGUCUCUGUUCAGUACCGUUUAGCUCCUGAACACAAAUAUCCGGCUGCGUAUGAAGAUUGCCUUGAUGUCACUGUACACUUUAUGAACAACACAGAGCACUAUGGGGUGGAUCCUGCCAGUGUAAUUGUCUGUGGGGACAGUGCUGGGGGCAAUUUGGCAGCCGCUGUCAGCCAGACCCUUGCAGGUCAAUCGAACCUCCCCAGACUGCGUGCUCAGGUCCUGAUCUACCCAGGCCUUCAGGCACUGGACUUCAAUUUACCAUCCUACCAUCAAAAUCGAGGAGUCCCUCUCCUAUUUCGAGAACGUGCUGCUUUCUUUGCUUUGCAGUACCUGAACGGGCAUGCGUUGCAUAUGCAAGAGGUUUUGGAGGGCUCUCAUAUUCCUCCUGAUAUGAGGCUGAAGUACAGGAAGUGGGUGAGUCCAGAUAAUAUCCCUGAAAAAUUUAAGGUCAGAGGUGUGAAGCCACUUCGGCCCACUGAUUUUAUAGCUGAAGUUUAUGAGACCGUGAAAAGAUUCUGUGAGCCCAACCUGUGCCCACUGUUGGCCGAAGAUGCUGUUGUUCACCAGUUGCCCGAGUCCUUCAUCCUGACAUGCGAAUAUGAUGUGCUGAGGGACGAUGGCUUGCUUUACAAGAAGAGACUGGAGGACAACGGGGUUCGAGUGACCUGGUACCACCUUGAAGAUGGAUUUCACGGAAUCAUAAGCCUAUAUGAUUAUUGUGGUUUCUCAUUUCCAUCUGGGAAAAGAGGACUGGACAGCAUUGUUAACUUCCUGAAAACCUUAUAAGUAAACAUUUUAGAUUCCAUGAGUCUGUUUAUGCCUCAAUCUAGGAAAAUAUCUUUUUAGGAUAUUUAAUAUCAGGUGAUGCAUAGUCAAUCAAGGGCAGCCAUUAACAACGAUAAACGAGGCUCAUCAGAACCUCAUUCCAGCUGUUAGCUGGAACAUGGAAUAUGCAGACUUUAUUCGAGCGUGUACCAUGCUGCAAGCCCUUAUCUUUAGCGAUGUCAAUAAAGAAGAACAUUACCUUG